GGAAUGAGACGGCGAAGAACUCCUUGUGCGACCCGAGUGGACUGCUCUCUAGCUCUCUACUGUAUGCAUCCUGCUAGCCGCCUUCUCUGCUCAUUGUGUUGUUGGUGUAUGACUGAGUAGCAGGACUUUGUGUUUGGCAUAGCAUUGUCGAAUACAUCACUGCCAGCGAUAAGCCCGCAUCUGGUACAGCUCCGAAAGCACGAACCCCUCCUUUCUCCGCCAUGGCGGCAACGUAUGAGCUGAAGAGGCCUGAUGAUGUUGCCGAGAAGGUGUUGAGGCGGGCACAAGUCUCGAAGAUGACUCGGGCCCUCCAAGACCGUCUCGCCCUCGCCAACGUUAAGAUUCAGAAUGGCUGGGAGAACAUGAGUCUGGACGUUAUCGAACCGCAAGUCGAAGCGCGGAUGAGGAGGAAACGGCCGGCAUCGAGCAACGAUACCAUCUCCGAUACUGCCUCUACAGCGUCAAGUCGUGUGCCAUCGAGCAGCGGCUUCGCUUCCUCCCCACUCACUGCACCUCUCUUUUCCGACGACCUCCCCGGCUCCGGUAGCGCACGCAGCAGCAACAAGCGAGUCCGACCUCUCGAAAUCCACCGAACCGCCUCCUCGAACGCCCUACCCGGCAACAACCGACGCCCACGUCUAUCAGCCCGCUCCGCCUCGGCGUCCUGGAAGCGCCUGCACAGCCUUCCCGAAUCCUCACCAGUAAACCACACCAAACACGCCCGCUUCCCUUCCUCCAACACCACCACUACUACCAACACCAACACCAACACGAACAACCACUUCACCCACCACCUCUCCUUCAUCUCCGAAUCCUCCACCAUCCCCGACAGCCCGCCCUCCCCCGCCCACAGCGAAGACGAUGACGCCGAUUUACCGGUCCACUCCUUCCACCUCAACGCCUCCACCCGCAUCACCUCCUCCCCACCCCAAACCCCGCCCCAAGACAGGCGCAUGCGCAAAGCGCACACCAUCUCCUGGUCUCGUACACCCAAACACGGAGAAGAAGGCGCGGAUCUCCUCAUGUUCCUCGCCACUUCUCCAUCUCCCGCGAAGUCAAGCCAAACCAAAACAGUCAUCCAACCUCCCUCCACGCCUCCGUGCAAGCCAACCCCGCUGCCCUCCUCGCACAUGACCCCCAGCACGAGCGGAGCCGGGUUCCUAGGAUUCGGCCCGACGACUCCGAGCGCGAGUAAUUUCAAUUUCGCGGAUUUCGUCAACGUCACGCCGAGCCCGGCUCAGGGAGCGUGGGCGCGGACGCCGGUGGCGGGGAGGACGCCGGCUGCGGCGCGCGAGGCGAGGAGGAGACUGAAUUUCGAUUCCCUCGUGCCGCCUACGAAUAACAGCAGUAGUCCCGUGUUGACGCGGGUUGGCAGUGGGAGUGGGAGCGGGAGGGGUGAGGGGUUGGGGAUGGAACUUGGGGGCGAGCUUGUUUCGUGAAUGAAUGGUUUCGGUUCGGGAGCGAACGGAAAGCAACAUUGAGGCAUUACUGUUUACUGUUUUACGGCGUUUUACGAAUGUUAU